AAGUCAAGUCGCAGCCGCAACCAUGGACGCGCGCAACAUUAGUUUGACUUUGCUUUGUCGCAACGUUACCGACGUUACUGCAAAGCCAAAACUAAUCUAGUAACUUUGGUAAAAGUGAAGGACGCGUAAACAUUGUUCCUUGACGCCUCCCUGCAUCCAUGCCUGCACCUCACUGUUGAUGUAGCCCGGUACCUCUGCACGUGAUUAGCAUCCAAGUUUCGGCGGGACUCUCCAAAAAGGUGUUCUCCUGCGGUUGUCAUGGCUACAGAGCGAAACAGUUUAACUUCCCAAUGUUUGUUAGAGCGCAUUCGCGCUUUUAAUUUGCUACUACCUGCGGUACCUGCCGACACUCUUUGCCAUGACGCCGAAAACCUUCACGAUCCUCUUCGAUGCAUCAAAAAACGAGCUGUUUACCCUGCAGGACGGAUACAAGACGCUCCAGAGGCGACUCAAAAGCAUGUGGAAUGUCCAGAGCAUGAACGCGGACAUUUCGUCAGAAGUGCUGUCGGGAUGCGAUGUCUUUGUGCUGGCGGGUCCGAGGCACAAGUUCACCGAGAACGAGUUUGGUGCCCUGCGAGAGUUUGUGGGUGGGGGCGGCCGCCUGCUGGUGCUGUUAGGUGAGGGCGGAGAGAGGAGGUUCCAGACCAACAUCAACUUCCUCCUGGAAGAGCACGGCAUUGUGGUGAACAGCGAUGCGGUAGUCCGCACAGUCUACCACAAGUACCCUCACCCCAAGGAAGCGCUCGUCUCCGACGGUAUCCUCAACCGAGCCGUGGGCCUGGCGGCGGGCAAGGCCAACCUCGGUUCAGAUCCCCCGAACGACGCCCGGGCAGUGUCGUUCAUGUACCCCUACGGAGCUACCCUAAACGUGGCCAAGCCCGCCGUGGCGCUGCUGUCGACGGGCAGCUGUGCGUUCCCUCUGGCACGACCCAUCUGCGCACUCUACCAGAGCCAACAGGGGCCUUCUGGGAGGAUAGUUGUCCUGGGGUCGUGCCACCUGCUCUCAGACCAGUACCUGGACAAGGAAGAGAACAGUAAAAUCAAGGAUGUCUUGUUUCAGUUUCUGACGAGUGAUGAGGUCCAUCUGAAUGCCAUUGAUGCUGGAGAUCCUGAGGUUUCGGACUAUGGGCCCAUCCCAGCCCUGGGGUGCCUGUCGGAGGGUCCGUUGAGCUGCCUCCAGGAAGGGGAGGAGCCUCCUGCCGAUCCCACGGAGCUCUUCCAGCAGCAGCUCUACUCUCUGGACAACUCCCUGCUGCCCAGCGUCAUACGGGCAUACGAGGAGGUGGGCGUGCCCCACGAACCCCUGCGGCUCAUCAGCCCCCAGUUUGAGAGCCCCCUGCCGCCAUUGCAGCCGGCGGUGUUUCCACCGUCCUUCCAAGAGGCCAGUCACCCGGCCCUGGAGCUCUUCGACCUGGACGAGGCCCUGAGCUCCGAAAGCAGGCGUCUAGCGCAGCUGGCCAACAAGUGCACCGACCAGGACUUACACUACUACCUGGUGCAGUGCGGCCAGGUGGUGGGGGUUCCCACCUCUUCGGCCGAUCCCCGGCAGGUGCUCGAGCACGUGCUUGCACACCUCGUGGAGUUCCGCAAGCUUAACCAGCUCAAGCUCCCCUACCAACCAGUUUUGAGUCCAAACUCUCCGCAAGCCUCGUAAUCCCUCGGAAGCAUUUGGUGUGUGUGUGGUUUCGAGAACUAUAAGGUCAACCUUUCUGUUGUAGCCAAUAUUUUGCGAAUUUGGCCCAGGCAGGAGGCCCGUAGCAGUUGCAGGAGGAGAAAAGAUGACCGGCCUUGAAUCUCGGAUGGAACUGUUGUAUUUGUGCCGAUCUCAUGUGCUCGUCUUUGUCGCUAGACGGCUAUCGCCACAUAGUCCCCUUAGGAGACAGAGUCUUUCGAGACUGAGGUCUUGAGAAUCUUGCAAAAGGUUGAGGAGCAAAUGUGGUGGCUCGCACGGAAGGAAAUUCGGGCUGCUGGGCGAGCGCGUGGGUCACAAAAAAUGCCAGCUCGAGUCAUUUAAUGCACACCACUCGUCGUAUUUCUCACCAGAUGGCUAUCACCACAGACCUUUCCAAAAGUUAAUCGAGCAACUGGUGGCCGACAUAUUUUGGGCAUUGCUUCCUGCGUGAAGUGUAGGAUGCAAUGCAUGCAUAAAAUCUUACAUAAGCUCUCCGGCUAAUGUAAAAAAGUUAAGUCAUCAUCUAAUCGAUUGGGGAGCUGUACUAAGAAACACCAAUCCCGCUUUGCUACCUUGUGCUGGAGAGGUCUACUUCUUUCCACUUUCGUGUGGAAGACACUACAUUGCCAGGCUAGACGUUGUUUCAAAUGACCGACUGAGAGGACGCAACAUUAUCAAAGCCAACUCUGGACACCUGGGAAUUCAUUCCUAGAAUUGCGGCUGUACGGAAGGCCUAACCAACUGCACCAUACUAGGCAGGAAUAAGGACCAAAUUACUGAAGAGAUUAUCGAAGCCAAAAAUACAGAGCAACUAAACGACCAGUGCGUCAGCACCCUAUCUCUAUCUUUAGCGAGGGAAGGAGUUAUAUUAGCCACAAGUGCAAGUCAAAAGUAGCAGAGAUUUUGAAUUGUAUCUUUUAAUGAAUUGAAGAGCAAAUGACGACAACAUUAAAAAAACAGUUGUUGGUCA